CAACUCGGCCAGGUGUCCGCCUCGAUCUUUGAAUUGAUGGCCCUUGCUAUCAUGACGCUCACCUCUGAAGGGAGUGGAGAUUAUCUCGGACCUCUUCAUAGAGCCGAAGCAGCCAUUCCAGAUUGAGGUCGACGUCUUGAGCCCAUCUUGCGGGUGUAAUCUCAACGUCGUGCUCCUGCGAGCAGACGUUGCGCGACGUCCUCUCAUACGCAAGGGGCGCAGCGUUCGACACGGCCAUGCGCUCAACAUCAUGACGCUCACUCACCCAACGCAAGAGUGGCAUUCCCUGCAAGACGUCUUCUACCGCCGCAAUCAAGUCUACUCGCUCUCUUGGGCGAUAGAUGAUCUGUCCAACUACAAACUGGCAGCUGCGCCAAACGGAGGACUGUUGGCUCUGGUCAGGGAUCCUGCCAAGCUCGUCGCAUUAGGCAAGGUCUCUAAUCUGAGACCCAAAAUUCAGGUGUACACCUCGGCAGGGCAAUUGGUAGAGAGCAUUCCUUGGAAUGCCUCAGACCGGAUCAUAGCGCUUGGAUUCACCGACGAUGAGCAGCUGAUAGUGGUGCUGGAGGAAGGAGCAGCUCGUCUGUACACCUUCUUUUCGCCCUGUCCAGCGCAAGACAAGCGUACACUCCAAGCUGACAGAAGAAGCGAAAACCAAUCCUACUCCUCCGUGUCGGGUCCAACCCCAACGGAGGUGACUGCCAGCUGUUACUACACGCAGUACAGUCUAGGCGCGGAAGCGGUAGAGACUGGAAUCGAAGAUGCUCGGAUGUGGUCUCAAGGACUCGUCAUCAGGACUAGAGCAGGGAGAUUUGUCGAAUGGUCCUUUCCCUUCAAAGAGGGAGCCAGUGAAGGUGCUUGGUCCAAACGCACCCUUUCUAUUCCAGCGCCCAUCCUGUUGCCCUCGAUCCCGUCCGAGACGAGCACAAACUUUCAGGAAGUCGGUACUUCUAUGGCUGCGGAAAGCCAAGCAAGCGUCGGCGCGUGGGACAUCAUACCUUCCACAGUAUCGAACUCAGGCCUGGUCGAAGUGCUUUUGUCACCUACAUCAUCCGCUCAAGAAGGCACUCUGCUCUCCCUCGACUCGCUGAGCGGCAGUACAGAUCUUCGUCUCACUCGUGGACCUUUUCACACCAUCCGUCCAAGUCCCAAUGGAGCUCUGUUGGCGCUGCUUACGCACGACGAGAAGGUCUGGGUCGUCAGUUCUGACUUGCAACGCAGCCUCUCAGAGUAUGAUCUUGGAUCUUCUGAAGCUUUUGAGUCGAACAAAGGCAAAGGACUUGGAGGAACGGGAGUGGAAGAUGUGAGAUGGUGCGGCAACAACUCAGUGGUGCUCAGUUCCGAAUCGGAAGUGGUGAUGGUGGGACCGUUUGGGGAAGUGCUGCGCUUUCCUUACUCUGGCGCGGUGCAUCUGAUACCCGAGACGGACGCAGUUCGGAUUAUAGGCAGCGACAGGCACGACUUUCUGCAAAAAGUACCAGAGGCAACAUCUUCGGUGUUUCAGCCUGGGAGUACUCACCCUGCCGCGCUGCUAUUUGAUGCAUCGGAGCACUUUGCCGCGAAGAGUGCAAAGGCGGACGAAGGUGUCAGAGCCAUCAAGAACCAGCUCGCGGAAGCUGUCGAUACUUGUGUGGAAGCUGCAGCAUACGAGUGGGACGCUGCGUGGCAACGCAAGCUGCUCAGGGCUGCUUCAUUUGGGAAGGCCUUCGUCGAUCUGUACGAUACGGCGCCAUUCGUAAAGCUAGCGAAGGCAUUGCGUAUUCUCAAUGCGGCUCGGCGGCACGAGAUUGGCGUGCCCGUCUCUUACGACGAAUACAAACAGAUAGGCGCCACUGCUCUCAUUGCUCGUCUCACAGCUCGCAAUCACCACUUGCUCUGCCUUCGCGUGUCGGAGCAUCUGAACCUUCGACCGGAUCCGGUUCUCAAGCAUUGGGCUCAAGCCAAGAUCAUGAGAACAAGACCUGCUGUCGGAGCCAUAGCGAAUCAAGCUUUCUCGGCCGUGGACGAUGUGGUUUGCAAAGCCAUCGUGGAGAAGUUCGAGUCGCAACCUGCGGUCAGCUAUGCAGAAAUUGCUCAGACCGCUUGGGAUCAAGGUCGAACCAGACUCGCAACCAAGCUUCUUGACCACGAGCCGCGAGCUGUCGAUCAAGUGCCGCUCCUUCUCAACAUGCAAGAAGACAAGGCGGCUCUGAUCAAAGCCAUCGAAAGCGGAGACACGGACUUAGUCUACCACGUCCUUCUGAGACUCAAAUCGCAGCUUUCGCGCGGCGACUUCUUCCGCAUUCUGCAAGCCCCGGCAGCGGAAGCGACGACUGCGGCAAUGGCUUCCAACAAGCCACCACCAUCCGCUACCGACCACAUACACCUUGCAGCAAAUCUGCUCGAGGUAUACGCUCGCAGCGAAGACCAAGAGUUGCUGAGAGACUUCUAUUACCAAGACGAUAGAAGAACAGACGGCGCUACGCUUAGCCUUGAAGAAGCUGCUGGAGAAGACGAUUUGCAGGAACGCAUAUUCAAGAUCAAGGAAGCGCAAAGACUCUUUGGGGAGGACAAGGAUCGGUCGCUCGAAGCCAAGCUUGCGGAGGAAGACGUACGUCUGCUUGGAUUUCAAGCUGCUAUGGAGAGAGAGGAGGGCGGCCGGUCCACUUGGCUCGGAUGUAGUCUGGCCGAGACGAUCCGCCAGCUGCUAAUUCGAGGAGACAACAAACGUGCAGAAAAGCUUCGAAGCGAUUUCAAAUUGACGGACGCUAGAUUUGGAAGUAUCAAGGUUUCUGCUCUGAUUGUUCUGCGAGAUUGGGAAGGUCUUUGGAAUUUUGCGGGUGCGCGAAAGGCGCCCGCACUCGCUUUUGAGACUCUAUCGAGACUCGUCACGGCGGGGUACGUGAGGGAAAGUACGCGUUACGUGCCCCGCGUCAUGGCUGACAAGAUUGCCAGGAGCAAGCUCUCCUCUCUCAUACAACGCUUGCCACAAAGCGCUGCGCAAGCCGUCGGAGAGGCCAUGGAUGCUGAACUGUGAUACCCUCCGAUUUGACUUCCGCUAUCUAUUCCGCAUCAUGUCACCUCAUUUCAUUCCAACAAUCUGCAUCUCUCUCCGAGC